GCACAUCCUUGUCCUGGCUGCAGGGUGUUAGGCGCAGACUCGGGAGCUCGGGAGGCUGCAGAGCUCACCUCCAUCUCCCUCGCACCACAACCACCACGGACCAAACACCAAACCGAGCCAGCGUCAGGACUACGGGAGAGACACCUUUUCACAGCGUGAUUUAGGACCGAAACACGAAGUUUUCUUUCCCGAAAACGCACUAGGGUACGUAACUAACGGCAAUAUUUUUGGACACAUUGGAGUUGCUGAAAUGUGACAGCUGUUUCGUAUCACUCGCAGUUCUUCGGCAGUAACCAUUUAAUAAUUAUCAUCCCGCAAAAUGUUGACGCACAAUUUGGCGCUUACUGUAAUCUUGGCGUGUGCGUGGUGCGUCAGUGCUGAGAUGAGCCAUGUGCCUUCUUCCACCACCGCUGCGCGCUUGAAUUCCACCGCCUCCAUCCACCAUCUGGUCAGCGCGGAGGGACACGGGCUGCAGCCGGGUCACAACGCCACAGACGCGGCCGUGGGCUCCCGGAUUUCUACGAUCAUGACCUACCUGCCCUCGCUGAAGAAGGGCGUGUUUUUCGUGUGCGUGAUAACAGCUGGGCUCGUCGUGUGCUUGCUGGUCAAGGUGGUCAGGUCGGGCAGGCGGAUCCGAAAAACACGAAAGUAUGACAUAAUUACGACGCCGGGCGAGCGCGUUGAGAUGGCCCCUUUGAACCAGGACGGCGAGGAAGAUGACGACUCCACGCUCUUCGACGUCAAGUACAGGUGAACAGACUCUGCUCCACAGAGGAUGUCUCUGCUCCUCGUGCCUGAUCAAUCAGCUGUUACGUGUGUGUGCAGGACUGGGGCACCAUGGGUAAUGUAGUCAGCUGCUGCAGGAAUCCAACCGACAACCCCUCCUUUGAAAACCACUGCGAAGGCUUUGGAUGUGCAAUGGACUUGUUAUUGAGACCAUCUGUCCACUGUAAAAAGUCACAUCCAAGUCAGUUAAAAUUACUUAACUUCAGAGUAAUACAUUUGUAAGUAUUUGUUUUCUUAUUUAUACUAAACUAGAUUGCUGGGUUUCAGAUUACUUCUAAACAUUCAAAUUAAUAUUGUUAAAAUGCUGAUUUUUGUGGUAAUACAAAAAAUGUUCUUGGGUCUAGUUACUAAUAGAAAUGAUCAGGUUUGUGAAUUUACUUUUUGAAUAUUAUGUUAUCAAUAGAAGUCCAUUUUAACUGGUAAAACUACUCAAAAUGGGCCAUUUAAUGUACAUUGUGAGAAAAAAACAGCUUAUUGUAAUUUAGAAUAUAUUUUAUGAAGAGUAUUGUAUCACAGGACUGCAGACCAUAAAUCUGAUUGAAUUGUUAACAUCAGUUUUGCACAUCAGAGACAGUACAAGGCACUAGGCUGUGUCUCAUCACUACUGUAUGGAUUAUACGUAUGAGUGUAUAUUUUUGUAUGUUGUGUAAGACAUUCCACUUUUGCUGCUGAUUAAAUUAAUUGUGAAUUCUUUGUGAUUUUGAAAGACUCUGGACUCAUAACUGUAAGUACGCACUGUAGAAAAUGGAGAUCAAGAUCAGUUAAAGUAAAAGCAAAAUAUUAAACUUGUUUUCAGUUUUGACAAGUGAAGAUGCAUUUCUUUGAUGGAUCUGACUGAUUAUGAAUCAUUUGACUUGUUU